GGUUUUCUCUGAAGUUUAUAAGGAAAACAGAAAAUUAUAUUCACAUAAGGCAGAAUUAAUACUUCUCCUGACUCCCCGAUCAUCUAACAUUCAUUUCUUAUUCUCAAAAUUAAAAUGAGUGAUGAUGACCGUGACAUCGACGUGGAAAGUGAUGAAGGUGAUGAUUCCGAUUCACGACAAGCAACACCUAGGCAAAAUUCAGGAGGUCAAUAUUACUCUCAAGCAGAGAAAAGGGCCCACCACAAUGCUUUGGAGAGGAAACGACGGGACCACAUAAAAGACAGCUUCAGUAGUUUGAGAGAUUCAGUGCCUGCCUUAAAUGGAGAAAAAGUGGCUAGCAGAGCUCAAAUUCUGAAGAAAGCUGCAGAAUAUAUCCUGUUCAUGAGAAAGAAGAAUUGUUCUCAUCAACAAGAUAUUGAGGACCUCAAGAGACAAAACAAUCUCCUAGAAGCUCAAAUUCGUACCCUAGAAAAAGCCAAGGCCACUGGAACAUUCAAUUUAGAUGUGGAUAUUAAAGAUUCAGUUUUCAAUGAAACAGAGUCAGAUACAUCAGAUAUUGAAGGGUCUAUGCAGCACAGAAGACCUAAAAAAAUGAAAGUGGGUUCUUACCACUGAAAGUUAUAAACUGAGAUGUACCAUCAAGAUUUGUGUUUCCUCAUAUGAAGAAGAAUGUGACUAUCACUCAAAGACAAUUUUUCUCUGUGUUUUGUUGAACUGGAAUUAUUGAUCAUGAACUAUUUUAUAUAGUAAUAGGUAGUAACCUUUUUUGCUGUUGAUCUGCAAUCAAUAUAGUCCCUACAAGAAGUUUAUUAGAUGGGACUGACUCCUACAUGGUUCCACCAAUCACUAAUUUAGCAUCUGGGCCCUCUCCAGAAACAGGUAGUUACUUUUUUGCUAUUGAUCUGCAAUCAAUAGUCCCUAAAAGAAGUUUAUUACAUGGGAUCUCACAUGGGACUGACUUGGGCAUGGUUCCACCAAUCACUAAUUGAGCGUUUGUGGC